AUGGGUCGGGGAUGGGUCGGGGAUGGGUCGGGUCUCACUGGUUGGAGACGGUUCUCGAGAAAGGUGACUGUUUCCGGUGUUAUCACAGCCGGAUUUGAACUGAAGCCUCCUCCGUAUCCUCUUGAUGCUCUGGAGCCGCAUAUGAGCCGGGAGACUCUGGAUUAUCACUGGGGCAAGCAUCACAAAACCUACGUAGAGAACCUGAACAAGCAGAUCGUAGGCACAGAUCUAGAUGGAUUGUCACUGGAAGAGGUUGUGCUUCUUUCAUACAACAAAGGCAAUAUGCUUCCUGCAUUCAACAACGCCGCACAGGCAUGGAACCAUGAGUUCUUCUGGGAGUCUAUCAAACCUGAGGGUGGGGGAAAGCCAGCUGGGGAGCUCCUCAGACUGAUCGAGAGAGAUUUUGGGUCUUUCGAAGACUGUUUAGAAAGGUUCAAGUCAGCUGCAGCCUCUCAGUUUGGUUCGGGUUGGACAUGGCUUGCAUACAAGGCGAAUAGACUUGAUGUUGCAAAUGCCGUAAAUCCGCUCCCAAAGGAGGAAGACAAGAAGAUUGUAAUAGUAAAAACUCCGAAUGCAGUAAAUCCGCUCUUAUGGGAUUAUUCUCCACUUCUCACCAUUGAUACCUGGGAGCACGCUUACUAUCUGGAUUUUGAGGUACCGUCAAAGUGCCAAAUGAUUUUCACUAAAUUUGAAAGCAAUGGUUCUCAUCGUGUUGUGUUCUACGCAGAACCGAAGAGCUCAAUACAUAAACACAUACAUGGACAAGCUUGUGUCAUGGGAAACGGUAAGCUCAAGGCUAGAAUCCGCAAUGGCUAG